AUGGCUGACGCGCUUGCUGCACAACUCAGCAAUACUAAGCUGGAAGCAAACCCACAACAAAGAUUGCAAGAUUCAUUGAAUCUACCUCCCAAAGAUGCUCGCCCACAGACUGAGGAUGUCACUGCCACAAAAGGUCUCGAGUUCGAGGACUUCUACAUCAAACGUGAACUUAUGAUGGGAAUUUUCGAGGCUGGAUUUGAAAAGCCAUCUCCUAUUCAAGAAGAGACGAUACCAGUUGCCCUCACCGGACGAGACAUUCUAGCUCGAGCUAAGAAUGGCACUGGAAAGACAGCUGCCUUUGUUAUCCCCACCCUUGAGCGUAUCAACCCCAAAAGUACGAAGACCCAGGCCUUGAUUUUGGUUCCCACACGAGAGCUCGCUCUUCAAACAUCACAAGUCUGCAAGACGCUCGGCAAACAUCUUGGUAUCAAUGUCAUGGUCACCACCGGUGGAACUGGCUUAAUGGACGACAUUAUGCGAUUGAAUGAUGCUGUUCACAUCCUUGUGGGAACUCCCGGUCGAGUACUGGACCUGGCCAGUAAAGGUGUUGCCGACCUUUCCGAAUGCCCAACAUUUGUGAUGGAUGAGGCAGACAAACUGCUGUCUCCCGAAUUCACCCCAGUCAUUGAGCAACUGAUGUCAUUCCACCCCAAGGACCGUCAGGUUAUGCUCUUCAGUGCCACUUUCCCUAUGAUUGUCAAGUCAUUCAAAGACAAGCACAUGCGCAACCCUUAUGAGAUUAACCUCAUGGACGAACUUACUCUGCGCGGUAUCACGCAAUACUACGCAUUCGUCGAAGAGAAGCAAAAGGUCCACUGUCUCAACACUCUGUUUUCCAAGCUCCAGAUUAACCAGUCGAUCAUUUUCUGUAACUCGACUAACCGCGUGGAGCUGCUGGCCAAGAAAAUCACCGAACUUGGCUAUUCUUGCUUUUACUCUCAUGCUCGGAUGCUUCAGCAACACCGUAACCGCGUGUUCCAUGAUUUCCGCAACGGUGUCUGCCGCAACCUGGUCUGCUCUGAUCUCUUGACCCGUGGUAUCGAUAUUCAAGCGGUCAACGUUGUGAUCAACUUUGAUUUCCCCAAAAACGCGGAAACAUAUCUUCACCGUAUUGGUCGUUCGGGCCGUUUCGGCCACUUGGGUCUCGCAAUCAACCUCAUCAACUGGGAGGAUCGUUUCAAUUUGUACAAGAUUGAACAGGAACUAGGCACCGAAAUCCAGCCCAUUCCUCAGAAUAUUGAUAAAAAGCUUUAUGUGUACGAUUCUCCGGAAAAUAUUCCUCGACCCAUCUCCCACCCUGCCCCUCAAGCUGGUGCCGGAUCAAUGACCACCAACGACAGCCGUCAACCUCGUCGUCAAAGCAACCAAGCCCAACACCAGAAUGGACAGCAGGGUCAAUACUACAACAACAACAAUAACCGGGGACGCGGGUCUUAUCGUGGUCGUGGACAGGGGCAACGUCGCGGACCAUCUAAUGAUAAUCGGAUGGCUUUCCAGCAACCGCAACAACCCCAGCAGUCUUAA